AUGGUGGGGUUGUGGACCCUGGGUGUCUCACCACUUCUUGCAGCAUCACUGAUCCACACUGCAGUUGAUGAAGUUCUGCAAAUAGACUUCACUGAAUUUAAGAAGCCAAGUGCAGAAACAGAGGAGGAGGGAGAUGAGGAAAGGUUCACCUUGCUGGAUGGAGACUCUUUGCAGCGCUGCUUCUUUAACAAGCUUCGGGAUGUCUGCCUGAAGUGGCAGAAGCAGCUGCCACCACUGAGACCACAGAAGCGUUUCCUGCUCGUGUCCAUCCAUGCCAUCCGGAACGCGCGACGGAAGAUGGAGGAUCGCCACGUUUUGCUCCCCGAGUUCAAUCAGCUCUUUGGUUUAUCAGAUGACGUUGAUCGCGCUUACUUUGCCGUGUUUGAUGGCCAUGGUGGAGUGGAUGCUGCCAAUUAUUCAGCAACCCAUUUACAUGUAAAUGUUGGGCUACAUGAAGAGAUUGUUAAGAAUCCAGCUGAGGCCUUGAAAUGCUCUUUUCAGAAGACAGAUGAAAUGUUUCUUUUCAAAGCCAAAAGAGAGAGGCUGCGGAGUGGUACAACAGGUGUAUCUGCCUUGAUUGUAGGCAACAAGCUGCAUAUAGCCUGGCUUGGGGACUCGCAGGUAAUGCUGGUGCGGCAGGGAAAGGCUGUGACCCUAAUGGAACCUCACAAACCAGAGAGAGAAGAUGAGAAAGCCCGAAUUGAGGCGCUGGGUGGCUGUGUGACCUACAUGGACUGCUGGCGGGUUAAUGGUACCUUGGCUGUUUCCAGAGCAAUUGGGGACCUGUAUCAGAAACCCUACGUCUCCGGUGAUGCUGAUGGAGAUUCAUUUGAGCUGAGUGGAUCUGAAGAUUACUUGCUCCUCGCCUGCGAUGGAUUCUUUGAUGCCAUCAAGCCCUAUGAGGUUGUAGACUUGGUCCUAGAUCAUUUAAUGCAAACCAACGGAGUGGGUGUCAAGGCAGCAGAAAGACUAGUGGCUGCUGCCAAGGAAAAUGGCUCCAGUGACAACAUCACUGUUCUAGUGGUGUUCCUGAGGGACCCUCAGCACAUCUUGGCAGACUGUUUCAGAGACCCUAAGAGCCUUGGGGCUGGUGAGGACACUCGAAGCUCAGCCUUUAACUUCCUCGGCUGUGAGGCAGCAGCUGCACAGUGACAGAAUCUGUUUAAUGCAGAACAUUGAAAUAAGUUAACUUAAGGAAUUGCUUUCCACUGAAGAAGCCUUUAAUAUAAUAGGCAAAACAUAAUGACAAACGGAGAAACAUUUAGCCAAAAAAAAAAAAAAAAAAAAUCCCACUUGUCUUUUAUCUCCUCCCUUCAAAAACUGCUGAGCAGGCUUGGAGAUUUGUGCUAAAGUGGGUCCUAGGGCUGCUGGUCUUACCUUCUGCCCUGGAAGUGGUAAGAAACUGUAAUACGUAUAAGCUAACAGUGAGAAUGCUAGUUUGUGAGUUCUGAGUGAAACUUAAAUUAGCGCUUAUAAAGGAAGCUGUAUGUUAUUUUUAAUUUUGAUGUUACUUUGGGGAUUGGGAGGAGAGAAGCAGUGCCAUCAGAGAGAGGCUUGUUACUGUGUGUGGCCUGUAGGAACAGGCUUGGUGUGCCAGAGAACUGGGUGAGCAGAAGUAGCGGCCCGUGUGUUGUGUUAAUUACUUUUGUUUUAUACCAAAGAUGAUAUUAAGAGAAUGUUGUGACCACUUUCUUUGAAGAGGUUGAAUUUUGUGUGUAUGAGGAAGGGAAAAUGAAGCCGAAUGCUCCAGAAAGAGCAAGAAAGCUCUCCAGAAAUAUCCGCAGCAAAUAUAAUACAGAAACAUCUGCUCUCUGGGAUGCUCUAGGUUAUAAACUGGAAUACAAUAUUUAACUGCACUGGAUUGUUUUUCCCCAGCAAACUUGCUUUCUUGGCUCUCUAGCAAGCUGGAAAGAAAGGAUGCUUAUUGAUAUGUUUGAAAGAGGUCCUUUACAGGAUGUGUAUGUUCUGCCAGUGAUAUAUAUUCUGAUUCUGCCAUAUUUUUUGUACUAUAACAAGUGAAUAUUUUAUUUUUAUUUUAAGGGUUUAUGUGUUUAUUUACUGAACUUUACAGUUGGAAGAUUUUUUGCAGUGUUACUUUAUUUUGUUGUUGGAUUUCUUUUUUUAAUUUAAAUUAGAUUUUUUUUAAAGUGGCUAUGUCUUUAUUAUCUGGUUUUAAAAACUGACUACCCUCAAGUGCCUUAAAUAUUUCACCCCCAGGAUAGAGAUUGCUGGCUUCCUAUCAUAUUCCAGUSAGCCACUAUAUAAUGUUUCUAAAAUGUGAUUUUUUUUUUUUAAUUUCACUGAUAUUAAUGUUUAAUGCACUUAACGCUUUGAUUUUUGUGAAUGAUUUGGUGGGAACUGGAUUUCAGGAAAACAUCUCAUUCAGUGCUGCCAAAUCCUGUGGCUCAUGGUAAAAGCUUCACAAUUCUUACUGUGAUUUAUUUCCCUACCACCCCCUUCAAAAAUCUCUAGAUAGUUAAUCAUAAAGUAACCAGCUGAUUCGUGAUGACUUUGAUUUAAAAUCAAUUAUUCUUCUGACCUUCACAAGAAAAUUUAAUAACACAAACUAAAGCUGUCUAGUAAUAGAAUUUUUUCAUUACUUACUUGAUUUCUAUUAAUUUCUAUUACUUGAUCUUAAUAGAUUAAGCAUCUCAAGUGAAAAACUUUAAUAGAUGCUAGCCAUUUGCCAUCAACUUUUAGGGCCCGGAAAACUUUUGAAGGAGAUGUGAAGCUAAGGAAAGGGUGAAAGAAGUUUAUGAACCUGUGUGGAAUUGUGCAAAGGUUGGAUCUGUUACCUGUGUGAGCUGCAGGUGGUUUUGUCCUGCCUCGCUGCCUGUCCAGCAGGAAUCACAGCAAUAUCUCGGUGUGAAGGUAUCAGCAAUUUCUGCCCCUGAGCAGCCAGCGCUUUGCCUCUGGUAGCAAGAUUGUAUGGAGAAGCCCAGCAUUGCAGUAUGUCACUCCUGUCCGUUAAAAUGUGUUGGARAUUCACAUUGUUCAGGAAGGAGUCUAGGUGGAAGAGAUGAGAGGCAGAAUGCAGCGGGGCUGUUCGUGUCCACGUGGUCUMGGAGGCAUCAGCAAGUGUGGGGUGAUGCAGCUACCCGAGGGACCUGAGCCCCUUGCCUCGGUGUUGGGGUGGCAGGGCAGUAACUGCAGCGUUCAGCCAGCUGCCACCUCACUGCAUAGCACCUGGAGCACAGACUGCCUUGUUUUGCUGCAGAAAUACAGAGGUUUUCCAUUGGGAACCACUUUUUUUCACAGUAUCUUUUGUGGGGAAAUCUGGGACUCCAGCCUGGGGGUAGACAUUAAAUUUUUGUACUGAAUCUACCUGAGCUAAGGAAGUCUUCAGGCUGGCCUAGCGAUCCCCGUGGGCCUCCUGCCUCACCUCCCUGUGGUUUCUAACUCAGAUCCUCGGYGUCACGCCGAAUUGCGAUGACCACUAGUGCCUUUUGGGGGCCUGGAAAUGGAGGUCUCGUCGCUGCGAUGGUAAAGCUCACACAGACUUGUCUGACUGCUGCCAUGGACUUUAUUAUUAUCAGGGAGCGAGAGAGAAGCUGCUGUAUUCAUGAAAAGAGCUAUGAAAUGUUGGUAAGCUCAUAGCAUGGUCUGGUUUCUGACAUUUUGGCAAUUUUCUGAAAUGUGGAYGGAACCAAAGAGGCCAAGUUCUCUGCAAGGAUCCUUUUAUUUCAGCCUUUUUAAGGCAGAUGGUAAAAAUCCAAGUCUUAUAAUGUCUACUUACAGCUAUGUGAGAAUAUCUCAACUUUUAGAUUAAUAAGAUGGAGGGAGAGCUGUAUGUGAAAUGUGUACUUAAAAAGCUGUCUGUGGUAAUCAAAAACAUAAAUAGUUCUUGAUCUGUGCUUUAUAGAAGAAAUUCUGCAUUUUGAGAAUCUGUUCCUUUAUAGAGAUGUUUUCAUUCCAAUGAUUUGGUGCCUCCUUUCUGAGAUCUAAAGAAGUAGUUCCUAGGAACUAAUGGAGAKUUUGUGAGAGGAGAGAAAGUGUUUUUUUUAAUUUUCAGAAGAUUCCUUUUACCUUUAAAAAUACCAACCAGGUCUGUAGGAGGUUUAACACGGUCAAAAAAUGGCACUUUUUGUAUCCUGUCUGGACUAAAUAAGACAUAAUAGAUCCUCUAGAGUAUAACUUGAUUUCACAUGCUAUUUGGGAGGGGAAAUUGGUUUGGGGCAUGAGUGACCUGUUCUUGACAGUAGGAAAAACUAUGCUUUUUUAAUUGAAAAGGAAUCAACAUGAUACAAAUCAGUACUGUGGGUAUACCAAAGGAUGCAACUAUGGAUUUUGGAAGACAGUGUUUAAAGUUCUACUGAAAAAAUGGUCAUAAAAGUGGUCUGAUCCUUGAGAUAGCAUAAGGACCUCAAUUUUUCUUUCACUUAGGACUUUGAUACCACUUUUGGAAGUGAGCAGCUAUAAUGUGAGAUGCUGUUACAGCAGUGGUCUCCAGUGCGGGUGGAGGGAGAGAAACAGGAGCUCUGGCAGAUUGCAAAGUUGAAGGAAAUUGUCCAAAAGCUGGAAAGGUGCUAUGUUUGCUAAUAAUUUGCACUAAUUUGCUGCAUUACAUUAGUCUUUCCUGUUUUUCUCCACCAAAAUMCUUGGAUUUCAAGUGUGGUGUCUUCUGUUUUGCUUUUUAUUUUUUCUCCUUUUGUCUCCAUUUCAGCACUUUGCAACUAGUAUGUAAUUUUGGUGACAGAAUGGUUCCACAUCUCAAYGCCUUUCAGGUGUCAUUGAAAACAUUGAUGCUUAUUAGCCAGUGUAAUGAGCAUUAAUGUUUAUUAACCAAGGUAAGCCAAAGACUUUGUUGGCUYAUUCCCCUUCUGUACUUUGAGCUUGCAACGAAAACAAUUCUUGAGUCUCGCCAAAAUCUUUGAGACCAUAAAAGCAAUGUGAAAGGUGAAGACAAAUGGUCAAUGAAAAAUAAAAGUAAUUUCAGAUUUUUAUUAGACUUAAAUGGAUGGCCAUCCCUGCAGUUUGGCAUCUUGUUUCAGGAAAACUGCUCAUUAAAGGAGCUUGCAUUUGAUGUGUCCUGCUUUGGAAUUCUUGCUUGAAAGUUGUUUUUGUCAUAUGACUUAGCAGAUGUAAAAUAAACUAUCACCCUUUGGUAGGGAUACUUCAUUCUUCUACCUUUUGCUUCCCUACUUCUCACUCUCCUAUAAAGAAAUACACCUAAAACAGCCAAGUCUUUUGGGUCUAACAGAGAAGGAUUAAAAAUUUACAAAUUAUAUGAGUUUUCUUGUUGCUGAGGAUAAUUUAUGGAGGAGAGAAAGGCAGGAAAGAUUUUAGAAAGAGGAAAAAUAAGUGAAAUCCACCCUCUAAGUGAUGGAGGAGUGAAAGCGAGAGGUAGGAAUGCAUUUAAGUAUUAUUAAUGCCUAUUUUAAAAGGGAAGUGGGCUGGAAAAUAGAGCUACAGAUGUCAGUUCCUUAGAGUGAAAUACUGAAAGAAUUAGAAACACACCCAUUAAAAGCAAAACUCUGACGUGGAAACUCGGUCUUCAAGCAGCUGGGGAUGGAAUCAAAAUACCCCUGCACCCCAGGUGACUUUCUGCAACUCCCGUGUCCUGAAUGUCAGUGCUCCUAAAUGGACUUGUCUGAGCAUGGGAUGUGCAAGGUAGUGCUGAGAAGCAGCCUGCAGCAGAGGCAGUUCUUGGUCACUGCAACUGCUGCCGUGAGUCAAUGGUGUGAAGUGUCUUAAUGAAUGGAUGCUGCGAUCCCGGGAUGAGUAAUUGGGUGCAGAGCGGAGCUGGCAGCUGAACGGUGUUGAUGACUUUAAUAGCAUUUAAUAGACACUUAUCUGAAUUCAAAGUCAGAUGAGAUAUUGCUCUUUUUUAAAAGCAUUUCCAGCGCUAUUAGCUUUCUGUCAUGACGAGCCACUAAAAUUUCCAGGGUGUGUGCAUGGUUUUUCUUUUAUUUUUUUGAGGGGGGUGGGAUGGGAUGGAGUUUUGGCUGUUUGGAAAAGUUCUUGCUUUUGCUUUCUGAAUUCCUCUAAGUGCAUAAGUUGUCUGCAUUAGAAAACCCAUUUUCAGCUGAUAGUUUCAGGGAAAACAGCUUUCUUAGGGGGCUGAAAAUUGCUUCCAGGAAUCCUUUAAAAACAAACAAAGGUGCUUCCAAAUGAGGUGCCUGUAAAAGCAGUAUUUCUAAACGGUGCUGCCCAAAAGGCAUUCGCUUUUGAGGAACCAACAAAUGCUGCCAAUAUGUAAAGCAGUCAGUGGAGUGGCUCAGGAUUCUUAAACUUUAAAUCAAGCCUGCAACUCUGCUGUGGUAGGCGAGGUUUUGUUGGUGAGGUGAUUGAUUCUUGUGGAUGCUGAUACUUAAUGCACAGCACAAGACAUGAUGUGUGAGUCUCCUUAUAGUGCUCAAGUAUCGAGCAAAUACUUUAGGGAAAAGGCGGGGGGAUGUUAGCCACAACACAGCACAUUGCAGAUGAUUCAUGUGUAAUUUAGCUCCAGUUAAGCCUGAAUUAAAUUUCCCUUCUUAGUUCUGUUGCUGCCUAGCUUUCCCUUACCAAAUYGGGCCCCUCUUCAGAAGCAAACAAGUUUUGAUGGACAAAAUGCCUUUCAGGAAUGGGGGGGACGGGGAGAAAAAUGAGUUUUCAAAUGACUGCAAAACUUCCCAAUCUGUGCUAAGCAAUGUAUUCUUGCAAAACAUAUUUUUAUAGCGUAUCUGUUACUAUUUCAAUGAUUAUGCUAAGGGUGAUUGUUUUUCUGCCAAACUAGGCCUAACCUUUAAAAGUGCCAGCACAGAAAACACGAGCAGAGCCCUCCCUGCUUUCUGAACCUAGCCGCUCCCAGGCAGCCUUGCUGGGGUUUGUAGUGUAGGCAGCCCUAAGGGCUCAGCCAGCCGCUUCCCACGUGUGUUUUGGUUGGUUUUUAAAAAUAUUUGUUGGAUUCUACUAUAGCUAAAGCUAUUGCUAAUGACUUCAGUCAUGUCAUUGGAAAAGCAUUCAGAGAGAGACAUGAGGGAGUGGAGCUGAGCAGGGAGCUGUCAGAUGCCUCUUAAAACACUGCUUAGAGGGAGCUGAUAGGCCUUAGAUCUCAACCCAACCRAAUGGGAGACCAAGAGCUAAAGGGGAAUCGUUUAAAUCUUUCCCKUGCUGCGACCCAGCAGCACCUGCCAGGGCCCAGGGCCUCCUCGGAGCCGUUUCGUGUCGCCGGUGCCACGCAUGGGCUUGCCAAGCUGUGCUGCACACACAAAUAAGCCAAAAGCAGCUGUGUUGGCCGCCUUGGGAGCAUGGCAAGAUGCAGCUUUCGUCAAACAGACGAGGGUGAAGAUCAAUAGGGAAAGACAUGUUUUCAAGUGKCUUGGAAUGCAAACAAUGGGAUGGAAAUGCAACCUCGGAGAGCUGACAGUGCACUGUCAUCCUAAAACCACUGUUUUAAGAGAAUUAAUCUGUCUUCUUUGUAACAUCUGCUCCGCUUUGCUAACAAGCUCCUUUCAACCAAGGUUUUGUGACUUUUUUUUUUCCCUAAUGUACCCUUUUUAGUCUAGAGAAAGUAUAUUUAACUUUGAAGAGCUGAAUGUACCUGGGUUUUGUGACUAUCCUAUUUAGAUCACGAUUAUUGAAUUUUCUCUCAACUAUUAAGCUUGAUUACUAAUCCCCGGGAGAUGUUGAGAUAGCAGGUCCUGACCUUAUUAAUGAUUAAACGGCCCUGGAUUGCCACGCACAAGAACAGGAGUCUGGGCUGCUCCAGUGGGUCCCUUUACCUGCUUUGCUGCCAUGUGGACGGCAGGGAAACCUUUGUCGCUGUGGUAAAUGGAGCAGGGCUGUGUGACCUCUGCUGCCUGCAGAAGGGAUUUUUGCUUUCACCUAAAGAACRAUGGGUCCCUUUGGGCAUCUACGGAUAGGGAUAAAAGCUGGGAAACUAGAGGGAUCUUUUGGGGCCUUCUUGGGGCAAUUAGAUAUUCCCUCUGGUAUUGCCAUUUCCCAACUCUCUUAAAAAGCAUUCUGCUUAAAAAGGAUGAGAUGCGCUGACCUGUUGACAUUUUUUUUCUUUUUUAGCUUUGUGGGUUUGAAAAAGUUCGUAUUUUUCAUAAUAGCCAGAUAUUUACUUUGUUGAGGGUUAAAACAUUAUUUCCUYUUCUGAAAAUCAGACCUGCUCUAACUCCUUAUUUUCUUCCUAGUCUUUUUCUUCUACCUUGUGUAUGCCAGCCAAAAUAAAAAUGCUGUUUCAUAGACAUUCAACUCAGUUGGCUGUUAAGUCACUGCAGUUGCCUUUCUGUAAUUUCUAUCUUGUCUGAGUUUGGGGUGUGACCUGAUUCAGGAGAUCUGCAGCUCCAACAGUGCAGAAAGCACCACAUGAGCUAGGAAGAUGCAAGACUCUUUAACUGGUGUCUUUCUGACACUGAGCAGUAUUGGAUGUACAGGAAGAAAAUCCUGUUCUUGCGUGUUAUUGCAUAGGAAUACUUAGGCUUGCUCCAGGAAACAAGAGUUCCCUUAUCCKGACUACAGGAUCUGAGAAAUGUUCUUGUCCCUAUAUCCUUUUGUUCCAGCAGAAUUGUUUUUAAUCAUUUGCAGUGCCUAGGGGAAGAAGAAAAAUGAAAUAAAGAAACCUUUCCAGCUUCCUUUACCCCUCAGUUCUCCUUUUCUGCCCCGCUGCCCCAACAGGCAGGUUGGUGACAGCAGCUACCUGGCUGACCCCCCUGCAGCUAGUGCAACUCUGCAGUGUCUGGUCUCUAUGAGAACUUCARUCCUGUGCUUAGUGGUAAAUUAGACCUCUGUAACUACUCCUGCUGACUUAAAGAUAUGUGUUCUUAUCAGUAUUAAAAUAGUCCAAGAGCAGAACUGUUGCUUUAGGCACAUUUCUUGCCGCUGCGUUGGCUAACGAGCCUUGAAUGAAAGCAAGAGGGCCAGUGACUUUGCAAUAGGAGCUGUUAGC